AUGUUCCUGUCAGGAAAGCUUGAUUUCAGAGAUGAUCGUCCAACUAUCGGUUCAGAAAUCGCCUCCCUGUUCUGCUACCCACCAAUCUGGUUUGGCUGUGAGCUCUUAGGUAAUUUUGACAUGCCAAGUUUGUUUAAAGAAGGUGAGAUAAUGAUAGGGGGGAUUUUCCCAGUUUUCAACAAGGAUGUCAGCAACAUUGCUACAUUUGACGGGGAACCUCCUCCUCCUGUGAUGUUUGACCUUCGGGCUUUUCGAUGGGCACAAAUGAUGAUAUUUGCAAUAGAAGAGAUCAACACAGAUCCUGCUCUCCUGCCUAACAUCUCUCUGGGUUACAGGAUUCUCAAUUCCUGUUCGUCUCCUACAAAUACUUUACGAGCUGCGCUAACGCUGGCAAGUAGUCAAAAUGAAAAAGAAACAGCUUCUGGCUGUUCCCCAGCUGUAUCUGCGGUAAUCGCGGAGGCAGGAUCUUCCCAGUCCCUGGCGGUCGCUGGAAUUAUUGGACCUUUUCAAGUCCCAGUCGUGAGUUACUUCUCAACAUGUGCCUGUCUCAGUAACAGAGCUAAAUAUCCAACUUUUUUCCGAACAAUUCCCAGCGACUACUUCCAGGCCAAAGCCUUGGCAGCUCUGGUCAAGCACUUUGGUUGGGAGUGGAUUGGAGCCAUACAGUCAGACAACGACUAUGGACGAAACGGGGUUCUGGCUUUUAAAGAGGAAGUGAAAAAGUUUGGGAUUUGCAUUGCUUUUGUUGGGACAGUUCUGCGAACGUACCCUCAGGAAAAGAUCCUGAAAGUUGUAGAAAUGAUCAAACAAUCAACUGUCAAAGUCAUCCUGGCUUUUACGCCUGAGGGUGACUUUUCUCCUUUGAUGAGAGAGGUUGUGAAGCACAAUAUCACUGGAAUACAGUGGCUUGCCAGUGAAGCAUGGAUAACAGCACCUCAACCUUCAACCCCGGAAAUGUACCAAGCUUUCGGCGGAGCGUUGGGAUUUGUUGUUCAGAAGAUGAACAUCCCAAAUCUAUAUCCAUUUCUUAUGAAUAUUAACCCUUACAGAGAUCCAACUAAAAUAUGCGCAGGCAAUGAGACGUUGAUGGAUCACACCCAGGAUAUGUUCUUCAAUGUCUCACAGCUCAGAGUGACUUACAACGUGUACAAAGCUGUUUAUGCUAUUGCACAUGCUCUUCACCAGCUGGUGUUCUGCCGACCAGCAGGAGAAAAAAAUGUGAAGCCAUGUUUGAAUAUAUCUGAAAUUCAUCCAAAAGAGGUUACCCAUCACCUGCAAAGAGUAAACUUCAGGAACCAGUUUGGAGACGAUGUGUUUUUUGACGAGAACGGCAAUCCGCCUGCUUCCUACGACGUCAUUAACUGGCAGCUCAGAAACGGGCAGGUUGAGCAUGUGACCCUGGGUCACUUUACAUCCACUAAAAACGGAGAGUACAGACUAAGCAUAGAGGAAGAUAAAAUAGUCCCAACAUCAGUGUGCUCAAAUGCUUGUCCAGCAGGAACCAGGAAGGCUCAGAUUAAGGGGCAACCAGUGUGUUGUUUUGAUUGCAUUCCAUGUGCAGAAGGAUCUAUCACCAACUCAACAGAGUGCACAACCUGUCCACAGGAAUAUUGGUCCAAUGAGAGAAAAGAUGGAUGCAUUCCAAAGACAGUCGAGUUUCUGGCGUAUCAUGAGCCCAUGGGAGUGGCGCUCACAGUCGUGGCCUUGCUAGGCGCCUCCCUGUCUCUGCUCACGAUGAUCGUUUUUAUCCACUACAGGGAAACUCCUGUAAUAAAAGCCAGCAACUCCGAGCUGAGCUUCUUCUUGCUGCUUUCUCUCUUCCUGUGCUUUCUCUGCCCUCUCACCUUCAUCGGUAGGCCCACAGUCUGGACCUGCAUGCUGCGCCACACCGCUUUCGGAGUGACAUUCGCACUUUGCAUUUCCUGCAUUCUGGGAAAAACCAUUGUGGUUGUAACUGCCUUUAAAGCCACACAUCCCAGUAAUAAAGUCGCAGUAAAGUUUGGUCCCACACAGCAAAGGAUCAUCGUUUGCUCCUGCACUUUAAUCCAAGUAGUGAUUUGCAUAUUGUGGCUGAAGUUAAAUCCCCCUUUGCCAGAUCGGGUUUUUAAAUACAGCAACAAGAAGAUCGUGUUGGAAUGCAACACGGGGUCAGAGGUCGCUUUCUAUGCAGUACUGGGAUACAUCGGGAUUCUUUCAGUGAUAUGUCUAAUCCUUGCAUUUCUAGCAAGAAAACUGCCCGAUAACUUUAACGAAGCCAAAUGUAUCACAUUCAGCAUGUUGAUAUUCUGCGCCGUCUGGAUCACUUUUAUCCCAGCGUAUGUCAGCUCUCCUGGAAAGUUCACAGUAGCUGUGGAGAUAUUUGCAAUCCUGUCAUCGGCAUUUGGUUUAUUAAUAAGUAUUUUUGCACCUAAAUGUUACAUAAUCUUAAUAAAACCAGAGAAAAACACAAGGAAACAUGUCAUGGGGAAAAAUUAA